CUGUAUUCCUUCGGGAUGCCGAGUCACAGAACCGAAACCGACCAACAGCAACACAAAGCGACUUCACCCCUCCCCCAUGGCCGCCAUUAUAUCUCCCAUCCGGAUCGGCAAUCUGGAUAUCAGCAACCGGGUCGUGCUGGCUCCCAUGACACGCAUCCGCGCCGACGACCACCAUGUCCCUCUCGAUAUCGCUCGCGAGUACUACGCGCAGCGAGCCUCCGUCCCCGGCACCCUGUUAAUCAAUGAAGGCACGUUUAUCUCGGCGCGCGCAGGCGGAACAGACAAUGUCCCCGGAAUAUGGAGCGAAACACAAGUCAAACAAUGGAAGACCAUCACCGACGCUGUGCAUGACCGUGGGAGUUACAUUUUCUGUCAGCUAUGGGCAUUAGGUCGAGCUGCAAACCCAGAGGUACUGGCAAGGGAUGGUGAAAAUGUCAUUUCCAGUGGAGAUAUUCCGAUGACGGAAUCGAGUCCUAUUCCAAGGCCCCUUAGCGAGGAUGAAAUCCUGGACUGGGUCAAUGACUAUGCCCGCGCUGCUAAGAACGCUAUUUCCGCAGGGUUCGAUGGCGUCGAGAUCCACGGGGCAAACGGAUAUCUACCUGACCAAUUCCUACAAGACACCGCAAACAACCGGACUGACCGAUGGGGUGGUAGUCUUGAGAAUCGGUCUCGAUUUGGUCUCGAAGUUGCCAAAGCUGUGUCCGAUGCGGUUGGCGCUGAAAGGACGGGAUUCCGCAUCAGUCCAUGGAGCACAUUUCAGAGCAUGCGCAUGAAGAAUUUCCAGGAACAAUUCACUGAUCUCAUUCUGGGCCUCAGCCGACUGAAUUUGGCGUACCUACACGUCGUCGAGCCACGGAUUUCGGGUGGUCAAACGGUCGAAGAUAGUGUGGAAAAUGAUGAUACCUUUAUCUUUGACGCCUUUGGCAACUCAGGUGCCAUCAUCUUGGCAGGAGGCUUUACAGCAGAGUCGGCAGAGAAGAGACUUCAGAGCCAAGCCACCCGUCGUGUCGCCAUAGCUUUUGGACGCCAUUUCCUAGCCAACCCCGACUUGCCGUUCCGGAUUGCCAAAGCUCUCCCUUUGAAUCAAUAUGAAAGGGCGACCUUUUACACACCGAAAUCCCCCAGGGGCUAUAUUGACUACCCUUUCAGCCCACAAUUUUCGACUGAGGGUUAGUUGGAAUUACAUUGGCAAAAUGGGUUGUGAGAAAGUGUUUGGAUAAAUGCCUUGUUUAUCGCGCCUCGGGUUGCUUUGCAGUUUCUUUGUGAGAUGGGUCGUGAGAUAGACCGCCAGUAGCUUGCCUUUCGAUAGAGAAUUCAUACCUCC